GGGCAGGCGCCUGACGGAUGUAAGUACGGCACAGAGAUGCAAGUGCGGCACAGGGAUAUAUCGAUAUGCCGGGAUUUGCCCAACAUCGAGGUGAUCACGUUCAGUGUGAACGGCAUCUCGGACCUCGAGCCGCUGCAUCAGUGCCAGAACCUGAGCGAACUCUACCUGAGGAAGAACAACAUUACCAGCCUAAAUGAGCUCUUCUACCUCAAAAACCUCCCCCGACUGAGGGUCCUGUGGCUGUCUGAAAAUCCCUGCUGUGGCUCCGACCCCCACCGCUACCGAAUGACGGUGCUGCGCAACCUCCCCAGCCUGCAGAAGCUUGAUAACCAAGCUGUGACAGAGGAAGAACUGUCCCAGGCCCUGGUUGAUGGUGAGGAGAUCACGGGCCCACCGGCCAGGAGGAGCGUGGAGAACGGCUGCCCCGAGGCUGCUGAAUCCAGCGCUGCUGAAGCCACAGUGGAGACCGAGAGCGAACUGCUGAGCUUCAGUCUGGAGGAGACAAACAAAAUUCGAGAGGAGCUUGGUAUGAAGCCUGUUCCCAGGGAUAAAUUUUCUUCCUUUUCACCUCGAGAGACAGACUGCAACCGAAAGAAGAGAAACAACGUCCUGAACGCCAUCCUGCUUCUCAUGAAGGAGCUGGACGCCGAGGGUCUGGAGAUCGUCCAGCAGACAGUGGGGAGGAGGCUCCAGGACCUUCACAAGAAGGAGCUGCAGGAGGAGUGACGGUGCCUUGUUACAAC